UACACAAAAAGAUAACAAAUUCAUGAUGUAAAGUAAAGUUUGUAAAGUAAGCCAUGACUGGAAUUGAUGUGCGCACAGAUCAAUUUCAGUCACAGUUCGAAGCCUACCUAUUUAGUUUUGGCGAUCUCAACGAGCUCCAUGGAAUCCAGUGGGUACGAUUACAAGUUACUCGACUCAAGUACGAAAACUGGCUUCAAUUUUUCCCCUCCGACGUGUCACCCGGAAACAAAGAAAAACCCGCAAAAUGUCCAAUCUACCAAGACAAAUAGAGAAGAAUCACUACAUCCUGACCUCAUCUCACCCUGGAGCCCGCCUUCCAACUUGAAAUAUCGUCUUCUCAUAUUUCUUAGCAUAUUAUUUGUCUUAACUGCCAUCGUAAUUUUAAUGCUUUACGACCCCACAACAAAUUAUUUGCCAAAAGCGCCUCCAUUUUGUAACUUGGCUAAUCAAACGCGCCUCGUCAAAGCGGCCCUCCUCGACUUGGCUGACCCCACGUGGAAUUUUUGUGGAAAUGAGGCCGUCACCUUAGUCUUAAAUAAUUUAAAAAAUCCUACAAAUCAUUCCCAACCGAACAUAAAUUGUCCAAGGUGUGUUAAAAUUCUUAACGUGAAAAUUGAUCCCUUCACGAGUGGGGAAUUUGACUCGAUUCUUGCAAGCCUUCCGAUGCUGGAAAGCUUAACGUUACUUGGACCAAUUAAAAAUGCUAUGCCAGCCACCAAUAAAAAAUCUGAGAUAUCAGUGCCGAUUACGUCGCUUCGCUUAGUCGAUACUUCAUUUGAUCAAAAUUUGUUUAACCGAAUUGCAAAUAUUGCUGUUCUUCCAUGCCUUAGAGACCUUUAUUUGGAAUGUAGUCAUCCAAAUUUAAAUGAAACAGAGGGAUUAUCUAGUACGCUGAAAAGUUUGCAAAUUUUGUAUCCUUCACUUAAAAAUGUGCAUUAUGAGAAUACGCGGUAUCCUGGGGUAGAACUAUUGACAAGUAAAGAAUCACAUGUCGAGCUUAAUCUUGUUUAUCAGGAAUGCUUUUAAUACUUGAAAUUUAACUAAUAAAACUAGUUUAAUAUACAUAUAUAUAUAUAAUUCUUGUUUCGCAAAUACCUUAAUAACUAUAGGCCUGUUCAAAGUACCUUGGAUGAAUAAAUAUUUAAAAAGGUUUCACA